AUUCCGGCCGCCAACACGCACAGCGGAUUUUCGCGGUAAAAUGAAAAUGUGUUUGUAAUGUUGAUCAGAUUAAUUCUGAGUUCUCAUAUUUAGCUAGCGUGUAGCUAAUAGCUGUAGCUGGCAUUUAAAAUCCCGUUGUUUGGAGAAUUAGCUCGUCGGCGUUGCUAUGAAGUGAGAGCAAAGCUAACGUUAGCUUUCAAACCAUCAUCAAAUCAAUAUCAUCGUAGAUCAAUAAAGUGGUAACUAUACAGCUUAAAACAAUGGCACUUGUUACCGGGGAGAGCCUAAAAUCAGAGCUGGAAAUGUUCGACAUAGCCUGCCAAGAUGACUACGCCCUCGAUAAGAUGGUGGAGCAGUGUAUCUGUAACAGGAUACAGGCAGAUGAGAUGGUGCUGGAGUGGGUGGCCUACAGCACCACAAAAAAUGGACUAAAACUCACCGUGGACACUCUGGAGCAAUUCGAACACGAGGUGUUAAAUAAGAAGAAUAAACACAAACAAAGCUUCAGAAAGGAAGAAGCUCUUAAUAGAACCAGAGACAUCCACUCACUACAGGACUUAAUCAAAGCCGAGGAAGAGGAGGAGAAUCUACUGGACUCCUACUCUACUCCUGCUAAGGGCUCUCAGAAGCGAGCAUUGACCACUCCUGAACACCCGCAUUCAAAAAGAAGUGCAGCUCUGCUUGCCAGCCCGGGCCUCCUGCUGUCUCCUGCUAGCUUUUCUCCCAGUUCGACCCCAUCACAGAAGUACAGCCAGCGAGGAGGAAAAGGGGAGGUGGUGGUCACAUUCGGGGCCGUGCAGGGAACCCGCUGGGCAGGCAGGAAGGCUCCGGGCGCAGGCGUCGAGCUGGAACUGCUGGAAGGGCCUGAAGACUCCCUCCGCUGCAGCUACAAGUACAUGUUCCAGAGGCUGCGCGACGUCCGAAAUGUGUUGACAGAGAAGAUAGAGGAGCUUGGCGAGGGCCUCAAGUCUCACUUCAACAUCGAAGAGUUCUCCCCUGUCUCUCUGCCCGCCCAGGACGGUAUAACAGUGUUGGGUCAGGUUUGCUGCGACAGUAAUGGCAAACUGAACGCACAGUCGGUUCUGUUGGAGGCGGGACCAGAGCAAGGUGGUCAGCAAGUACCUGUUGACCUAUCAGAGCUUAAAGAGUACUCCUUGUUUCCGGGUCAGGUGGUAGUGAUGGAGGGGAUGAACACAACAGGGAGAAAACUGAUGGCUUCCAAACUUCAUGAGGGAGUCCCUCUUCCUUUCUACACUUCUGAGGUGAAAAUGGAGAUGGAUGAAGAGCCAAUGAAUGUACUGGUGGCAUGCGGACCGUACACUCCCUCUGACAGCCUGACCUUUGACCCUCUGCUGGACCUAAUCAAUGUCAUUGUCAGGGAUCGCCCUGAUGUCUGCCUGCUGCUGGGCCCGUUUGUGGAUUCCAAACAUGAACAAAUUGAGAAAGCCCAGGUGACCGAGACGUUUGAGGCCAUUUUCACAAGAUGUAUCGACAGUAUUGUGGAUGGAACAAAAAGUGUUGGCUGUCGCCUGGUGUUUGUGCCCUCCCAGAGAGACAUCCACCAUCAUUUCAUCUACCCACAGCCUCCCUUCACCUUGCCAAACCUCAACAAGGACCAGGCCCAGCGUGUCACCCUGGUCCCUGACCCCUGCACCCUGCUGAUCGACGGUGUGACCUUUGGCUUAACGUCCACUGACAUCCUGUUCCACAUGGGUGCAGAGGAGAUCAGCUGUGGAAGUGGAUCGGACAGAUUUUCACGCAUACUGAAGCACAUGCUGACCCAGAGGAGUUACUACCCGCUGUAUCCGCCCGUGGAGGAGGUGAACAUGGAUUAUGAGAAGUUCCAGAGCUUCGGUCAGCUGCCGCUCACCCCCGACGUUCUCAUCAUUCCCUCUGAGCUGCGCUACUUUGUAAAGAAUGUGGUCGGCUGCGUUUGUGUCAAUCCUGGACGUCUGACUAAAGGCCAGGUGGGCGGCACCUACAGCAGGCUGCUCAUUCAGCGCAGCGCUACAUCAGAAGACGAGAAGAGAGUGAGCCCCUGUCUGGCUGCUCAGGUGGUGAAAAUCUAAAAUCUAAAAGGACAUUCAGUAACUGGAUGCUCGUUGUCCACAGACAUAAGCCGACUUGACUGGGACCAGUUCGCAAGCAGCUUUGAACACUGCACUCAGCAGCAACGCUGAUGUAAAAUAUGUUAAAACAAUUCACUGUACUGUUGAAAAACCUGUUGGUUUAUUUUUAUAUGACAAGCGUAUUGUGGUGGAAUCAGUCACUCAGAACAGCAAUAAUCUUUUCAAUAAAUUAUUCUCAGACUUUGUACAAUCUCCUCUCUCUGUUAGCCAGAGCAUUAUAUCUGUGUCUGCGGUUCUGAUUGGAGGAUUUCUUUUGUAUCUCAAAACUGUCACCUAAAAAUAAAAUAAUUGCUUAAUAUGUAUGUAAUGCAGUUUAAUGUAGUGGAGUUAUUCCAGGUGAUAUUUCUUUAUUUUUCAAUGGAAAUCAUGCAGCGUUUAGAUCAAAUCAAACAGCAGGGGGGAAAAGACUUUUGUUUCAGCUCCUUUACCAUAAGUUGUUUUAAAUAAACUGAAUUCCAUGUAA